UUUGCUUUUUUUUUUUUUUUUUUGUGAAUGAAAAGCGGAGGUCGCCAGCGGUCCCGAGGACUGCGGCGCCCGGGCGUCCCGGCGGCGGCGCGGCCCCGCGCAGCUCCCGGAGCCUCCAUGACAUUGGGCGCCCGCGGCGGGCGGGGAUGCUGAUCCGGAAGAGGCCGUGGCCGCAGUGCCGCGCGCGCGGCCGCACGCUGCCCGCCGUCCGGCCCGGGCCGCGCCGCCCGAGGUCCUGACGGAACGCUAGCUGCAGCGCGGCGCCGGCGUCGUCCCCGCUCGCCCGCGGCGGGACCCCCGCACCCACUACCAUGAGCGCGCCCGGCGGGCGGAGAGGUGCUCCUUGCGCUAGCUGUCGGCCCGUCCCGUGGAGAGCUGUCCCAAUUAAUGGAUUCUGACAUGGAUUAUGAAAGGCCAAACGUAGAGACCAUCAAGUGCGUGGUGGUGGGCGACAACGCCGUGGGCAAGACCAGGCUCAUCUGUGCCCGGGCCUGCAAUGCCACCCUCACCCAGUACCAGCUGCUCGCCACCCACGUGCCCACCGUUUGGGCCAUCGACCAGUACCGCGUGUGCCAGGAGGUGCUGGAACGCUCCCGAGACGUGGUAGAUGACGUCAGCGUCUCCUUGCGCCUCUGGGACACCUUUGGAGACCACCACAAAGACCGCCGCUUUGCGUAUGGGAGAUCCGACGUGGUGGUUCUGUGCUUCUCCAUCGCCAACCCCAACUCCCUCCACCAUGUCAAGACCAUGUGGUACCCAGAAAUCAAGCACUUCUGCCCUCGGGCACCUGUCAUCCUGGUGGGCUGCCAGCUGGACCUGCGCUACGCCGACCUGGAGGCCGUCAACAGGGCCCGGCGACCCCUGGCCAGGCCCAUCAAGCCCAAUGAGAUCCUCCCCCCGGAGAAGGGGCGGGAGGUGGCCAAGGAGCUGGGCAUCCCCUACUACGAGACCAGCGUGGUGGCCCAGUUUGGCAUCAAGGACGUCUUUGACAACGCCAUCCGGGCCGCGCUCAUCUCGCGCCGCCACCUGCAGUUCUGGAAGUCCCACCUCCGCAACGUGCAGCGGCCUCUGCUGCAGGCGCCCUUCCUGCCCCCCAAGCCGCCGCCCCCCAUCAUCGUGGUGCCCGACCCCCCGUCCAGCAGCGAGGAGUGCCCCGCCCACCUCCUGGAGGACCCGCUCUGCGCGGACGUCAUCCUGGUGCUGCAGGAGCGAGUGCGCAUCUUUGCCCACAAGAUCUACCUCUCCACCUCCUCCUCCAAGUUCUACGACCUGUUCCUCAUGGACCUGAGUGAGGGGGAGCUGGGGGGCCCCUCAGGGCCAGGCGGCCCCCGCCCGGAGGACCCCCGGGGCCACCCCGAGCCACACCACCACCACCACCACCACCACCACGGGCGGGACUUCCUGCUGCGGGCAGCCAGCUUUGACGUGUGUGAGAGCGUGGACGAGGCCGGGGGCUCGGGUCCUGGCGGCCUGCGGGCCUCCACCAGCGACGGGAUCUUACGGGGCAACGGGACAGAGUACCUGCCGGGCAGGGGUCGCGUGCUGUCCUCCUGGAGCCGGGCUUUCGUGAGCAUCCAGGAGGAGAUGGCAGAAGACCCUCUGACCUUCAAGUCGCGGCUGAUGGUGGUGGUGAAGAUGGACAGCUCCAUCCAGCCGGGGCCCUUCCGGGCCGUCCUCAAGUACCUGUACACCGGGGAGCUGGGCGAGAACGAGCGGGACCUCCUGCACAUCGCCCACAUCGCCGAGCUGCUGGAGGUCUUCGAUCUGCGCAUGAUGGUGGCCAACAUCCUCAACAACGAGGCCUUCAUGAACCAGGAGAUCACCAAGGCCUUCCACGUGCGCCGCACCAACCGGGUCAAGGAGUGCUUGGCCAAGGGCACCUUCUCAGACGUGACCUUCAUCCUGGACGACGGCACCAUCAGCGCCCACAAGCCCCUGUUGAUCUCCAGCUGUGACUGGAUGGCUGCCAUGUUCGGGGGCCCGUUCGUGGAGAGUUCCACCAGGGAGGUGGUGUUUCCCUACACCAGCAAGAGCUGCAUGCGGGCGGUGCUGGAAUACCUGUACACGGGCAUGUUCACGUCCACCCCCGACCUGGACGACAUGAAGCUCAUCAUCCUGGCCAACCGCCUCUGCCUGCCGCACUUGGUCGCCCUCACAGAGCAGUACACCGUGACCGGGCUGAUGGAAGCCACCCAGAUGAUGGUGGACAUCGAUGGAGACGUCCUGGUGUUCCUGGAGCUGGCUCAGUUCCAUUGCGCCUACCAGCUGGCCGACUGGUGCCUGCACCACAUCUGCACCAACUACAACAACGUGUGCCGCAAGUUCCCCCGCGACAUGAAGGCCAUGUCCCCAGAAAACCAGGAGUACUUCGAGAAGCACCGGUGGCCUCCAGUGUGGUACCUGAAGGAGGAGGACCACUACCAGCGGGCCCGGAAGGAGCGGGAGAAGGAGGACUACCUCCACCUGAAACGGCAGCCCAAGCGGCGCUGGCUGUUCUGGAACAGCCCCGCCUCGCCGCCCGCCUCUGCCGCCACCUCUGCGUCGCCCUCCUCCUCCUCGGCUGUGGUCUGAGCGGCCGCCGCCCUCUCCUGACCCUGCUGCUGCCACCCCGUGUGCCCUCGGCCUUCUGCUCUCGUGCAUCACCUCCUCCACCCAACAGGGUCCAGGGGACCCGAAUGACCAGGACCCUGAGGGCAGAGCCGUCCUCCGCCGCCAGAGAGGAGCCGGACCCUGCUGCUGAUGGACCGCACAGGGGACCAGCCACAGAGGUCCCCCAGCUCCCAAGGAGGGCAGGAGACGACUGCUGGCAGGCAGGGACAGAGCUGUGUGCUCUGGCAUUUUCUGUCUGGCUCUGAGAGCUCUCAAGUCCAAGGGAGAAGCCUUCCUCUGGCCACGAGGGCUUGGAUGUGCGUCUCUGGCCCACGUGCUGGCCACACACGGUGAGCAGCGAGGGGCCUGCCCCUGUUGGCCGUGUCUUUUCACCCACAGACUUGAAGGUUGCGAGUGUUUUCGUGGGCACUUCCAUGUGGAGCCAACUCAUAUCCUCACUGGAGAAGUCAGGGUAGAAACGGAGCCUUCGAAGAGCCCGCCUCCAGGCUUCUGUGUCCUGGGGCGGGCGCAGCUGCAGGAGGCGGCCUGGGAAGGCUUGUGUCCUGCCCGCCUCCCUCCCCCCGGCUGCAGACCACGCUGGCCGGAAGGUGGCGCAGGUGGGUCACAGCUCCCUGCCUGCAGGCAUCGCCUCCUGGUGCCCUGAGAAACUUCUCCCUGGAGACAGGCAGCCAAAGCAACAGCUGGGAUGGGGAGAGGAGAAGCAAGGGGUGGGGCUGCCCAGCAAUCCCAUGCUCCUCUGGGCCCCUUCCUCUGCCUCUGGGUAGCAUUGCUUUUUAUGGGGUGGGAUGAAAUUAGCAAAAAAAAAAAAAAAAAAAAAAAAAAAAAAAAAACAAAGACCAAACAACAAAAUCGCCACCAACAGAAGCGCUCUAUCCUCUGUCCCCCAAAAAGAAUGGAAAGCAAAAGACCCUGCAUAGCAUACGUUUUUAUAGACAGCCUUGGGCUGAGGGUGCCCCCUGCUGGCCAGCUCUGCCCCACAGCUUCCUGGCCUGCAGCCGAGGAGUCUGGGUGAUAGGGAAGGACUCUGGGCUCUGGGCUCAUCGGCCUCUUGCUGGGGAAUGCGGGCCAGCCUCCUGCCCGGGAGGGAGGCCCAGGGGACCUGCUCCGUGUGCUGGGGUGGGGUCAGAGGUCAGGCAGGUAAAGGGCACAGCACCAGUGAGCAGGAGUUCUCUGUAGGAGGCAGGACACAGCCCUGCCUAGGGCUGGUUUGGGGUAAAGGGAAGGAGCAAAGGGGAGAACUGGGUUGGAGGAGGAAAAGCAAAGAUAACCUGGAGAGGUGGGAACGGGGGGGGGGGGGGAGGGUUGGGGGGAGGGGUGAAAGCAGCAGCUUGCAGCCCCCCUGUGGCGAGAGCUGGGCCUGAGCAGACCCCUUCCCCCCGCCCCAUCCAGUUCCCAAUCCUGACUCACAUCCCACAACCCACCAGCCCUCUGUAGAAGUGAGAGAUGGUGUCCACCAAUGAGGGUGGGACCAGGAGGCAGUGGGGUCCUGGGCUCAGAGCUCAAGAGUGAGGCUUUAGGUCGCAGGGCCAUGGCCCGGGCUCCACCACCCAAAUGCUGGCAGCUCUGGGACUGGGAUAGAACGAAUCCAGAAACAAAGCGGACCCCAAGAUGAGCGCAAAGCCUCAUGGAGAGAAUGGGGCAUCCCACGCUGUCCAAACCCUAGACCCUCCGAGUCCUCCGGGGUGGCAGCCGGGAAAACCAGUCUCGUGCUGCCCUCUGCUGGCUUACCAGCCUCCCUGCAGCUGAGCUCAGGCAUAGGUGUGGCUUCAAGUGCGGCUGAAGAACCGGUGGCCAGCGCUGCAGGGCAGGAGCGUGGGGGUGGAGUCCAGUGCAGGACCCUGCACCCUCCCUCUGGGAAGGGAGGGACAGGGCAGGGGGACCCCCGUGCCUCGCAGGAACGAGACGUGGGAGGGAGAGCCCAGUCCUAAGAGCCAGGGGGAAGGAGAAGUGGGGGCUCUGGUGAAGACAGAGGAAGGCAGUGGGGGUGGGGUGGGGCCGAAGUGAAGGUCAGCCACAGUUGGAGGAGGCCCUAGGAGAGCGGCUACAGAACUGCCGGGCAGCCAGGGCCAGCUCACCCCUCAGGGACCCACCGCCCCUUCUCCACAGCUCAUCAGAGCCACCCAGGGAAACCCCACCCCGGGAAGGCUGCGGAGGAGCCAGGCCAGUACUGGUGUCCUUGACCCCAGAGUGAAGGGGGCAGGUCGGGUGGGGGGAAGGGGUGUGGAAUCCCAGUCCCCCAGGGAGGGGCACUUGAGAUGCAGGGCGAGCCCGGAGAUGUACAGGGGAGCAAGGAAGUCACACGAGACCCUCUCCCCCAGUCACUCAGAGCUGGUUCAGAGGAUGGGGGCGGGAAAAACCCACGCCUGUUUUUAUAUAAGGUUUCAUAUUUAAUUUGGUCAUGAAUUCAUAAAUACAUGAGUAUUUUGUACCUAA